AUGGACAGCACCGGACGGCGCUCGCCGCCGCCGCACAGCUCGGCGGCCGCCCUGCGCGCCCUCGCCGCCGAGCCGCAGCGCCUGCGCCAUGCCUACGGGCGCGUGGGCCUCGCGGGGCUGGCGGCCAACGCCCACGUCGUGCUCUGUGCCGCCGUCGCCUGUCUCGGCGGCCUGCUCUUCGGCUACGACCAAGGCGUCGUGAGCGUCACGCUCGUCAUGCCGCAGUUCAUCGCCGUCGUGCCGCGCAUCGCCGACGGCCACCCGUCGGCCGGCUUCUGGAAGGGCUUCCUCACGGCGCUGCUGCAGCUCGGCGCGUGUCUGGGCGCCGUGAGCGCCGGCUACGUGGCCGACCGCUUCAGCCGCCGCGGCGCAAUCCUCGCCGGCGUGGCGUGGUUCGUGCUCGGCUCUGCGAUCCAGACGGGCGCCGUCAACUAUGCCAUGCUCGUCGUCGGCCGCUUCCUCGGCGGCAUCGGCAUCGGCACACUGAGCAUGGUCGCGCCGCUCUACGUGUCCGAGAUCUCGCCGCCGUCGAUUCGCGGCGUGCUGCUCGGCCUCGAGGAGUUCUGCAUCGUGUUCGGCAUCUGCGUCGCAUACUACGUGAAUCACCUACGGCUCGCGCAAUAUCGCCAGGACAGCGAGUGGGCAUGGCGCUUUCCCUUCUUGCUGCAGAUCGCACCGGCGCUGCUGCUCCUGGUGGGCGUGUACUUUCUGCCAUACUCGCCGCGCUGGCUCGCCACUCGCGGGCGCCGCACCGAGGCGCUGGCCGUGCUCGCGCGCCUGCGCAACCGGCCGCCACACGACAGCCUCGUGCAGGCCGAGCUCAUCGACAUUCUUGCCGAGGCACAGCUGCACGCCGAGAUCCGCGAGGAGCGGCAUCCGGGGGCCAACGGCUUCAUGCGCGAGUUCUGGAGCUGGGUCGACUGCCUGCGCGCCGGCUGUGUGCGGCGCACCGGUGUCGGCGUGUGCGUCAUGUUCUUCCAGCAGCUGGUCGGCAUCAACGCCUUAAUCUACUACGCACCGACGCUCUUCGCUGCACUGGGCCUCAGCUACGACCUCUCCCUCAUCAUGGCAGGCGUGGCGAACCUGUGCCAGCUGCUCGGCGUCGUCCUCUCGUUCUUCUUCAUCGACAAGAUCGGGCGCAAGCCGCUGCUGGCGUUCGGCAGCAUCGGCACGACGGUGUGCCUCCUGAUCACUGCCGUCCUCACGGCACUCUUUGCGAGCAACUGGCCGGCCCACCAGGUCGACGCCUGGGUGGCCGUCUCGAUGCUGCUCGUCUACAUGGUCGUGUUUGGGCUCAGCUGGGGCCCCGUGCCGUGGGCCAUGCCGGCCGAGAUCUUCCCCUCGUCGCUGCGCGCAAAGGGCGUGGCGCUGAGCACGCUCAGCAACUGGUUCUUCAACUUCACCGUUGGGUUGAUCACGCCUCCGCUCGUGGAGGGUACGUCGUACGGCGCGUUCGUCUUCUUCUGCGUCUUUGCGUUCCUGUCGAUCUUCUGGGUCCUCUGGGCAUGCCCGGAGACGGCGGGCGUUCCGCUCGAGCAGCUCGAUAACGUCUUCAAAGACCGCACGGGCGAGCGCGACCGCGCACGCGCGCUCCGCAUCCAGCAGCAGCUCAUUGCCGAGCAGCUGGAGAAGCUUGGCAGCGUGGAGCGCCUCAGCGGAGAGGCCAAGGACUGA